UUUCAGUGUUCAUUCAUUUCUUCUCUUCUCCUUCUCCUUCUCCUUCUUCUUGAAUGCUCUAAUUAAUUGUUUGAUUUUCUCACACGUGUGAGCACAAAAGCCAUGGAUGCUAGCCAAGCUCCACCAUAUGGCCUAACCCAAGAGGAGUUUGCAGAGCUAGAGAGCCUCAUCGAAACCUACCACAAAUUCGAGCCGUCGCCAAACACAUGCACGGCGCUAAUAGCACAGAAAAUCGACGCCCCGGCAAGCCACGUCUGGCCUCUGGUUCGAAGCUUCGACAACCCUCAAAAAUACAAGCACUUCAUCAAAAGCUGCAACAUGAAAGGUGACGGCGGCGUCGGGAGCAUAAGGGAGGUGACGGUGGUUUCGGGGCUUCCGGCCUCCACGAGCACCGAGAGGCUCGAGAUUUUGGACGACGAGAAGCACAUAAUUAGCUUUAGGGUUGUGGGAGGCGAGCACAGGCUGAACAAUUACAGGUCGGUUACUUCGGUUACUGAGUUCGUUGAUGGCAGAGACGGAGGGAGUGAUCAGGUGUACUCGAUUGUAUUGGAGUCUUAUAUUGUGGACAUACCAGAAGGCAACACUGGGGAAGAUACAAAGAUGUUUGUGGACACUGUGAUCAAGUUGAACCUGCAGAAGCUUGGGGUGGUGGCUAUGAGUUCUGCGCAUGGCAUUGGAGGACAUGAAAUUGAUGAAUCUUGAAUUGACA